GAGCGUGAGGCGGAAGGCACCCGCUUCCGUCUUUUUCUCUUCUGCAGCUUUUUCCGCCCGAACUCGUCACGUGGGCAGAGUAGAAUGUUGACGCGUUCUCCGAUUGAAGGACCCUCGAAGCCUCCUUCCUUUUUCUCAGCACCUUUUCCGCUCGCGCGCGCGCCGAAACAACGGGUGGCUAUUUGCCGGCAUGAAGGCGGCGGCGGCGGCGUCGUCGGUGCUGCUGCUUCGCGGCCGGUGCGGUUGCGUCUCUCUCCGCCGCGCUCCUUUUCCCGCCUCCGCCCCCUUCUUUCGGGCUGUCCGGGUCCCGGAGCCCCCUCUUUGGCCGGCGCUGAGACCUCCAGCAUGCCAGUUCUCUGCAAAUUCCAAAAAUGUCUUCUCUGCCUUGGUUUCCAAAGUUAAACACAUGAAUAACAAAUAUGAAAGGUUUUUGGAAAGAACAUUCCCACGUUUCUAUAAGCUGUAUUCAACUUUUUUUAAAGGGUUUCGGAUAUUCUUCUUGGAAGUAAAAGAAAUAAGAAGGAUAAAGGAAAACAUGUAUCACAAAAAAAUCCAGUUUCAUCAGCUUCCAUACAGAGAGAUGGAAAGACUAAGGCAGUUUCGCAGAGACGUGAUCAAGGCGAUUCCUGUUGGCAUUCUCUCUCUUCCACCCUUUGCCAACUAUCUGGUUCUUUUGCUCAUGUAUCUGUUCCCAAGACAACUUUUGAUACGGCACUUCUGGACUCCUGAACAACAAGCCGAGUUUCUAAAUACAUACCACAAUAUAAGAAAGGAGGCAUAUCCUGAGGUGCUUGCUGGUCUGCAACAUUUGUCACACACUUUAGAUGAUCCCCACCUCCGCAAACAGAUGCUGGAUCUUUGCAAAAAGGUGCAGGAAGGAAGCCAUCCUGAUAUAAACGAACUCAAAGCUGUGAGGACCUUAUUUGUAGGGCACCCCUUUGGCAUCCAGAGGCUCAGGGUUCAGCAAGUGAAAGUCCUAAGUCGUGUUCUCUUCCUGACUCCUCGCUUGCCAUCGUUCUUCCUAAGAUCUCGCUUGCAGAGCCAUGUGUUGGAGCUUUACCACCUGGACCAUGCCAUGCUGAAACUGGGAGUUAGAGAGUUGACAGAUGAAGAAGUACAAAUGGCCUGCUAUAUUCGUGGCUUGAAUUCUGUCCACCUGAGCCCAUCAGCGUGCAGGCUGUGGCUGGACCAAUGGCUAGCAUUGUCCUGCUCUCUGAAAGGUGCUGAGACUUCACUCUUGGCCCAUGGCAUGGUCUUACUUUCCACCAACUUCACCCCCUCAUCUAUGGGCUGACCAAGGGAACUCUUAGCCCAGGACCACUUCUGAAGAGAUGCUGCCAUGGCGACCCCUGGCUGAACCAGGAGAGGAAAUGGAUUUCUGCUUGAUUAAAAGAGUAGCAAGAGCCCAGCAGAUGAGGUUUCCCCAGCACUUAGUAGCCUUAUUGUUAAGCAGAAACACUGCCCUGUGGGUAAUAUUCUUCCCACUAUGAUGGGGACCAGAGUGUUGUCAAGAUGGUGCUAGACAAAAUAACAGCAAAAUGGAUUCCACCACAUUUUUGAUUGGGUCUAGCUGAGCAAUGUGGUUCUGCUUUCACACCAUUAGUUAUUUUUACUUGUGUCAAGCAGAAUGGGACAAAUCUGAUGAAGGUGUUUGGCAACUGCAUAGAGCAAUAAUGCCUCCACACCUAGUACUUUCAAUGGCAUCCAUCCAGCAGUACUCCAAGGAGCGUUUCGUGCUCUUUUGGUGUGUGGUUAGCUUCCUCCUCCAUUUUAACUUCACAAGACCAUGCUCAUUUUACAAACAUGCAUGUGUACCUCUGUGACCUUUUCCUACAGGAAAAAGAGCAGGGCAAAUCUAAUCCAGCACUAUUUGAAGCAUGAUUGUCUGCUGUAAGGAGACACCAGUGAUAUUCAAAAGUUGUGAUAAAGUGUAUUUGAGAAAGGUGCUGCAGAAUGUAAAGAAGUAAGUAGGAUUCUUGCAGUAAUUAUACAGAAGCAUUUCACAGCAGUCCCUUCCAACCAUGUGUCCAUUUCUGUGCCCCUGAAUGCAAAAUCAUGUUGUUUUCUUGAUGGUGUUGAACUGCAACUCUCAGCAUUCCUCCCAUUGACUAUGCUGCUUAGGGCUGCUGGGAGUUGCACAUGAUAUGAAGCAGGUGGUAAGAGGAAGCCAUGUUUUCUUGUACACUGGAACCUUAGCUAAAAUGAAAAUUGUGUAAACUGGUGAUUGAAAGUAAUCAUUAAAAUAUAUGCAGAUUGUAAGGAAUGAUUGGUGUCUCAACUGUAUUAAAGAUAAUACGGAAAUGUUAGCUCUAAUCGUUAAUAAAGGCAAAGCUUCAAUUUUU